AUGGACGGUCUCGCGCAAGAACUCAUCGACGAGAUCAUCGACCACCUAGACAAGCCUGACCUCAAAUCAUGCUCGCUCGUCUCCCGGUCGUUCCUCCCCAGAACCCGCACGCACCUCUUCCAGCACAUCACCAUCCCCUCCCAACGAAACCUCCAAGUCCAAGACAUCCCCAGAGCGUAUAUCCGCUCGAUACACCUCACCGGACACGUCGGGGUCCCCCUAGACCUCCCCAACGUCUCGCACGCCUCCUUCACGUCGAUCCUGUACGCCUCUGACCCGUUCAUCCACUCCCUAAAAGGCGUACACACCAUCUCCCUCACGGGCACAUCCAUCUUCAUCCGCGACCCCGCAGUUCUCUCCGCCUUCCUCGUCCGCUUCCCCCAUCUCAUCACCCUCAAUGUCGACUGCUACAUGCAGUUCCGCUGCUGGGAACAGCCAAAAGACGUGCCAAAGAUAGACAAGCUACGCGUCGAGCUCAAAGGCAGCUACACUCGCUGGGUUAUCGCCCUCGCGCAGAAUGUCCGGCGCCUCGAGCUCAUCAACGCAUCAGCCACCGACAUCCGCCAGAUCCUCGAUGCCCCCACCAGCAACCUCCAACAACUCGUCUUGCGCAACUUCCAGAUAGGCUUGGGGUUGCUCGACAUGAGCAACCUCGUCCAGCUAUCCAUCGAUCUCCCCGAUCAGCGCGCCGUCGACUGGUGGGAGGCAAUCCUCCUCCUCUCUCCCCCCCGCCACGUGCACAUCGCACUCCACAUCCCUUCAGGACUCCCACUAGCAGCCGCGCUACCCAAAUUGGGCGUCGAGGUCGUCGUUGAGCCACACUGCAAGUUGACAGAAGUAGAGACCCAGGAAUACAAAGCCUUACUCUGCCCCGUCAAAUCGUAA